AUGGCGGAGGGUGCUAGUGCGCCCACUGGGCCGCCACCAGACGUCACGCCAGGGGGGAAGCAGAAGCCGACAGUCGUGCUCGUCAUAGGCAUGGCGGGCUCGGGCAAGACGACGCUGAUGCAGCGGAUCAACGCCCACGUCCACCAGCACAAGAUCCCGGCCUACAUCAUCAACCUCGACCCUGCAGUGCACCACCUGCCAUACGAGCCGAAUAUCGACAUCAGGGACACGGUCAACUACAAGAACGUGAUGAAGGAGUACAAGCUGGGGCCGAACGGCGCGAUUCUGACGUCGAUGAACCUGUUCGCGACGCGGUUCGACCAGGUCCUCGCCCUGUGCGAGAAGGAGCGCGACCCGCAGCCCAAGUACAUCUUCGUGGACACGCCCGGGCAGAUCGAGGUGUUCACGUGGUCGGCGUCCGGCGCGAUCAUCACCGAGGCGCUCGCGUCCUCGCUCCCGACCAUGGUGCUCUUCGUCGUCGACACCCCCCGCUGCACAGCCCCUCGGACGUUUAUGUCGAACAUGCUGCAGGCGUGCUCGAUCCUGUACAAGUCGCGCCUGCCGCUGCUGGUGGCGUUCAACAAGUCGGACCUCGCGCCGACGGACUUCGCGAUCGAGUGGAUGCGCGACUACGACGUGUUCUCGGAGGCCCUGGACCGCGACGAGUCGUACGCGGCAACGCUGUCGCGCUCGCUCGCGCUCGUGCUGGACGAGUUCUACUCGCACCUGAACUACGCGUCCGUGAGCGCGCUGACGGGCCUCGGCGUCGACGAGGUGUUCGCGGGGAUCGACGCCGCUCGGGGGGAGUACUUUGCCGAGUACGUCCCGGAGCUGCAGAAGCUGCGCGCGCAGAAGGACGAGAGGGAGCGGGAGCGCGUGCGGGCGGAGCUGGAGAAGCUGCGAGCCGACGCGGGAGCGGGCGGCACACCGGCCGGCCCGUCGUAG